GUCGCCGAGAGAGACGUCGGCCCGUCGUCGUGCCUCCUCGUGUUUUUCAGUUCCGACCGUACGACGGCGACUAACGAGACAAACGGAAAAAUUUUUUCUUCGAAGGAAGGAUAUAUAAAUAUAUAUACACACACACAUAUACAUACAUACACACACAUAUAUAUAUAUAUAUAUAUAUUCGUCUCCCUUCCGGUAUUUCGCUCGGCACGCGGCCUCGAGAUGCCUCUUCGCCGGUAGACGCACUUAAAGGUGGGAACGCACGCGGGAAAGCAACAGUGUUUUGGCAAUACAAAUACCCGUGGAUACGGUGCCGGUAUCACGUUCCAGGAAUUCUCGUCGAUGGAAAUAUGUUGUAUUGGUAAAUAAUCGGGAUACACAGUUGAGAGCACAGAGUGACGGAGCAGGAGUUUCGAUUUUGGACCUGGAAGGCGUGGUGCUGCUCCGCGGAAGGAUACAGUAGUUUGUUGCUCGAGCCGAGGACCGUGGGAACGAGAGAUUUGUUUAUUACGUUUAUUUUGUUGUGCGAGCAAAUGAAAAGCGUAGCGAGAAAGGGAAGGUCGUGUUACAAGGAGUCGAUGAGUCAGUGAGUUUCUCGUGCAGGCAGUGUCGGGUGGGCCGUCGCCAACAGGUUACAAAUGAAUAUUUCGAGAAAUAUCGACGAUCAAUCGCGUCGUCCGCGCAUUAUUUUCGCGGAGGAUGAAGAAGAGGUAUGAAAGAUCGGCCGAGAAUACCAGGUGAAAUGAGUGACCGCCUUACAACGUACAAUAAGGGACGCACGAUUCAGAGGAUAUAAUACGUGUCGACGUGUCGUUACGUUAUAACGAUCGGCAGUGAAUCAAGUGGCAAACCCGCGCGCGCUUCUGGCAUUUCGUAUAAACGCAACUACUACAAAUCCACCACGUGCCUUUCUUCGUCCUCUCGUCCGGACGACGGUUCGUCUCAACCUCUGAGAUUCUCGCUUCUCUCCCCCUCCCCUACACCGCCAUGAUAACCGCCACGACUGCUCUCUCGCUCAGCUCCGUUUCAAGCCCCGCGGCCCCGGAACAGGUGUCAGCGUUCGUGUUAUCCGUGCAUCCGCCAUCCACAGUGUUCCAUCAUUGAACACGGCCGAGGAAUCGAACGAGAACGCACACCCGAGGAAGAAAGAAAACCACGUUUCUCACAAAGAAACUCGCCCUCUUCCAACGAAACAACACAACACAACCUCCGUGGAAAUGUCCGCACAAUGCUCCGCUCCGAGACGUCUACCGUUCAUCGUACCCUCGGAUGUAGAGAAGUACGUUGACUUCGAGCCGAGUUCGAGGUCCAAGCUUCUCCGAAAUUUCCACGGAGUAAGAAUCACCUCAGAGAGGGUGGUAUCGCACGUUGGCGCAACGUUGCUCGCACAGUUGUUCUCCAUUUUCCUCGAGGAUAUCCGAGCAGCGUCGAGGUAUUCCUUUGGCUUACGUCUUAAGAAAGAAUAUAUAUAGAAAACGUAUAGAGGGACGUAGGAAGGAUAGAGAUCGUGACUGGAACGGGCACGCGAGCCUGAGGAGAAGGAACAAGGUGGGGGAGGGGAAAAGCGGGGAGGGGAAAUCGUGGUGCACAAAACGGCGAGAAGAUCGUCUUACUAUCGUUAACGACAACGAGACGUUUCCCCCAGAUUCCCUCCACUUACCUACCCCGUUCUGGAAUUCCGUGGCAAUUGUACCGUUCGUGUUGCGCAUGGUAUAUCGACUAUAAAUAGAUGUUUUCUCGCGUUAGAUCGUACGUCUUGAGCCAGGAAAACAUUGGAGGAGCGGUGGAGAGUGUGUAACGCUCGGGUCGGCACGACGUUCAGGCCUCCUUCUUUCUCUCUCUCCCUGCCCUUCAAGAGAUCAAGAGGAGAGGAUGAACCGUAACGUCACUUGGCCGCAGCUUGUUUCUUAUCCUUAGAUACAAUUAGGUAGACGAGUAUUGGGUCCAAAAGGAAGUCAAACGAAGACAUCCAGCCUUCUCGUAGGGAGAAAAACGAUAUAUCGACUCUGUCCACGCAGCUUCUUAUAUAUAUAUGCGAAUUUUGUACAAAACGAAAACACCAAGGAACAACAACGAUCCUCUCGCGAAAGACUACUCAGCUGAGCAACUUGGGACUUCGAGGCUUGUUCCUCGAGGCAAAAGGCAAAGGCGUGCACGCAUCGCCGCGUUAAGCGGCAAUUUUCUUGGUGGUUUACUUUUCCUGCGGUUUACUAUUUUUCCUUCGCCUUUUGUAUCUACGUAAGAGAGAAAGCGAAAGAGAGAGAGAGAGAGAGAGAAAGGAAAGAAUCAUCUCGAUUUCGAUCGUCCGUCGACCAGCAACGAAUCUUCUCCGAUCAUCUUUUCGUUCUCUUCCUCUUAGAAGUUUUUUCUCGAGAAGAAGAUUAAAAAAAAAAAGAGAGAAAAGGGAAGAAGAGAUUUUUUUUUUAGGAACAAAUUGUCGACAAACUAUCGCCGAUAUUUAGCCGGUGCUUCUCCUUUUCCCUCGAUGAUCAUUAUGCUCAACUCGUGCUGUGCUUUUUUCUACCGUGCUUGUACGCAUGCUGCGAGUGUUUUUUCAGUGCUGUAGUGUCACACGUUAAUUAUUAAAAGCAAGGCUUAACGAGCCUUCGAUCGAACGCCAAACGUCUCGUAGGCCCAGCUACCUGGGAAUAUUCCUGCGAUGCCUGUUAGACGAGGUCACGUGGCGCCCAGGACAACGAUCAUCGAAACCAUCAUCAGGAAAUUCGAUACGCACGAUCGAAGUUUUUUAGUGGCCAACGCUCAACAGGGACUAUGUCACAUAAUAUAUUGCUCGGACGGUUUCUGCCGGCUGACAGGCUUUUCGAGGGCGGAAGUGAUGCAGAGGCCGGCGAUCUGCGAGUUCCUUCAUGGGCCAAUGACGUCGCCCCAUGCGGUCGCAGCCCUCCGCGACGCCCUCGCCGCCGGCGUCGAAAAGCAUUUCGAGAUCCUUUACUACAGGAAAGACGGCACCAAGUUUCUGUGCAGCGAGGUGAUAGCGCUAAUAAGGAGCGAGGUGGACGAGAUCUGCUUGCAAAUCAUAAAUUUCGAGGAUUUGAGCUCGCAGCCAUCCCCGCAGCCUGCAAUUCCGCCCCCAAGCCAGACCAACAACAGGCUCGUCACACGCUAUUCAAUGACGUUGACUGGAGCAGUCGACAGGGCAAGGGCGUCGUUCCGUGCUGGCCUCUCCAGGACCGGUGUCGUUGGUCCGCCAAGGGUCAGGAAUCGGCCGAGAACCGCGACCAACUUACCUCAUCGACUUGCUGACGGGACCAUCCUCGACGAGGACGCCUCUGAGAACUGCCCACUAACAUGUGGUUCACCUACAAUGAUGGAAUCUUGGGGUCCUGGGAGGACUGGCACACCCCCGCCUGCUCUUCCACCCCCUCCAGCUGGGAGCAACAAUGGUGGUGCAACGUCUGCAGCAACCGCAACCGUUGCACAGCCCAGCACAACCGCGCCGAUUGCCAGCCCGGAAGGGGUGAGCGACGUGUCCCAAAAGUCUGGAAUUUGGGAGGGGGCGAACUUCUCGGCGGCCGGCGGCGCGGAGGGACCGUCCCGAAGCGUGUCGCAUGCGGCGAGCUUGGACGCGAUCUCGAGGAGGGCGGUGAAACCGGACACGGCGAGGGUGCCGUGUCGCAGCCUCACCUGCAGCGUUUUAGCGGGCCGAGGGAGCGAACACGUCACCCUCGAGCGACGACCAGCGACAGUCGAUAAUCUCACGGAAGCAACUAAACACUCGAAAAUCUUUCCCGGCGUUGCGUCCGAAAGUGACUUGCAAAAAUGGCGGAUGUCGAAAGACCGGAAGUCGCCAUCCCUCAGCCAGAUGGGGCCAGAUUCCAUCAAACACAAAUUCUCCUUGCAGGACAACGGGUCCGCGAAAUACUUCCAAGGAGCCAUGCACACGUCGAACAUGGGAGAAAAGGUAGCCCAGGUGCUGUCCCUUGGAAACGAUAUCCUCCCAGAGUACAAAUUACAGUCACCUAGAAUCGGCAAGUGGACCAUACUACACUAUUCACCCUUCAAAGCGGUCUGGGACUGGGUGAUACUGUUGCUCGUAUUGUACACCGCCAUAUUCACCCCGUACGUAGCCGCCUUCGUCCUGUCGGAUCCGGAUUACAACAGCAGGAAGAACAAAAAGUACAGUGACGAUCCCAUCGUCAUCAUAGACUUCAUAGUCGACGUCACUUUCAUAGUGGACAUCAUCAUAAAUUUUCGCACGACUUUCGUGAAUAGCAACGAUGAAGUGGUGUCCCAUCCUGCAAAGAUAGCCGUCCAUUACCUGAAGGGUUGGUUCAUCAUCGACUUGGUGGCGGCCAUACCCUUCGACCUUUUUCUCGUUGGCUCUCACACUGACGAGCUCGGCUUGGACAAGGACGAGACGACCACCUUGAUAGGACUAUUGAAGACGGCUCGUCUUUUGCGACUCGUCAGAGUAGCCAGGAAGAUCGACAGGUACAGCGAAUAUGGAGCUGCUGUUUUACUACUUUUGAUGGGCACCUUUGCUCUUAGUGCCCAUUGGAUGGCGUGUAUAUGGUACGCCAUAGGGAACGCGGAGAGACCAACGUUGAAGAGCAAAGUCGGUUGGCUCGAUAUACUUGCCAACGACACGCAUCAGUUUUAUUUUCACAAUAACACCGGUGGGCCGAGUAUAAAGAGCCGCUACAUCACAGCACUGUAUUUUACCUUUAGUAGUUUAACAUCGGUGGGCUUUGGAAACGUGGCUCCAAACACGGACACCGAGAAGAUAUUUACUAUAAUCGUUAUGCUAAUUGGAUCUUUGAUGUAUGCCAGUAUCUUCGGUAACGUCUCGGCGAUCAUUCAGAGGCUUUACAGCGGCACAGCAAGAUACCACACGCAGAUGCUUCGAGUUCGAGAGUUCAUCAGAUUCCAUCAGAUCCCGAAUCCGCUUCGUCAGAGGUUGGAGGAGUACUUUCAACACGCUUGGACGUACACGAACGGAAUCGACAUGAACAGCGUUCUGAAAGGAUUCCCCGAGUGCCUUCAGGCGGACAUAUGUCUUCAUCUGAACAGAAAUCUUUUAAACAAUUGUAGAGCCUUCGAGGGUGCGAGUCCUGGUUGUUUGAGGGCGUUAUCGUUAAAAUUUAAAACCACACACGCGCCACCCGGUGACACGUUGGUUCAUCGAGGAGACGUGUUAACGUCCCUGUACUUCAUAUCGAGAGGAAGCAUAGAGAUAUUGAAGGGCGACGUCGUGAUGGCCAUACUCGCCAAGGACGACAUAUUCGGGGAGAAUCCUUGCAUAUAUCCGACCGUUGGCAAAGCGUCUUGCAACGUGCGAGCGUUGACCUAUUGCGAUCUGCACAAGAUACACAGGGACGAUCUGCUCGACGUUCUGGCCCUUUAUCCAGAAUUCUCGAAUCACUUCAGCCAGAAUCUCGAGAUCACUUUUAAUCUGAGAGACGAGGAACAGGCUGGUGUCGAUCCAAUAUCAGCAAGGUUUCCUGUCAGUACUCCAACGGACGUCGAUGCCGACGCUAGGAGAUUCGCUUUCCGUCCACCAAGAUACCGUCGAGGACCCGGUGGUGGUCCUGGCACCAAUCUUAUCCCCACUGGUCGACAAGACUCUUUACAGGGUGAUCAGGAAGAUUACGACAAAGGAAGUGGCCACGGAAUUCUGGAGUUCAGCACCGACAAAGCCGGCCAAGAUGUGACGCCAUUGAACCUAGAAUUCGACGAGCCGAAACAGAGGAGCUCCACGUUGAACUCCAUAACCGGCAUGCUAACCCAUCUCAAGCGCAGCAUACCGGACCUACGCCAACACAAGAUCCAUCUUCAACCACUGACGAGUCACGAUUACCUUGCCAAGCAGAUGACCACGCCGUUGACGAAACCAGCGCGGAGAAGCUCGGCCGCUGGUGAAAGCUGCCUCAGCCAGAACGCGGUACAUCCGACCUCGACGACAUCCAGUCACUACACUACACCGUCGCCACCUCAGCAUCCCCAGACUCACGGCGACUUUCAAAGCGGACCGGGCCGACCCGUGGAAGAGAUAAACGCGAGGAUAGACCAACUGUCCCGCCAAGUGUCCUCGUUGGAGCACUCGAUGGGGGAGAACAUCAGGUUGAUCUUGACGCUGCUCCAACAGACGCUCAACUCGUCGAGGGAGAGUUCGAGCAUCGAGAUGAUGGCUGGCCCGACCUCGGUCGGCCUGUCCAAAAGUAGCAGAGCCCCGGCUUUGGUCCAACGGUCGGCCAGCGAACCUCAACCCCCUACCGGCCCCCCGUCCAGUAACGGGAACGGGAAGAUCCAGCCUAGCACGUCCCACGGUUUGUUCAGCUUUCUUUCGAAAUCCCUGGAUCAGUUGCAUUUGAUUUCGGCGUCUUUUAUUUUGGAAAGGUUGGACAAGUUCCGAAGCAGACCCCCAACGAAAGAGCCAAUGUCGACAUCCUCGGGAACGUCGCGAUUGACAGUCACGUCGGACACGUCCGCGUUGGCCACGGCCUUGCAAACGGCGUUGAACGGGAGAACGGCGCCAACGAGGUCCCAGAGCCAACCCGUCGACCUGGCCGUGCCGCCCCCCUCGCAACAGGCGCAUCUGCCGCACGCGUGGCACAGUCAACCCGCUGCAUUCAGGAGGGGAGAGUUCAGGAGCGGGUACAGUUCGUUCAACAAACGUUCAGAGCCCGAGGGUGAGGAUCCGUGGAGCUGCGUGGUGUCCGUGUCGGAUCGAGGGGGUGGGCAGCGGCCUCGGAGCAGCGAGUCCCGCAAGGAGCCGACGAAUCAUCGCGGCUCGAGCGAGCUUGGCGCCGCUCAACGUUCGGAGAGCAGGCAGCCAGGCCGGGACGAGGCGGGCCAGGGGCAGCGGCAAGAGUCCUCGAGGCAGGCGAGCGAGGACAUCUCCUGGGAGUUCACGAUAAACGAGGCGCCGAUCGCGAGACUGGAAUCGUUGGACGAACUCGAUCAGGAUCACGUCAGUUAAGGCCAACGUUCCCUCCUAACCCCCACCCUAACCGCCCCCCUUCCUUUUCGAACCAAUUGCAGACUCGCUUGCGACUGAAACGCGACGCGUAGCCGGGGCUUUAUAUCGGCUAUUGAUACCAAUUGAUCAUUCGGAUGGCUGUGGACUCCUUCCGUUUCCCUCUUCGAGGAUCUAACAAACGUGGCGCCAGGAUUGGAACAACACCAGCCCGACGAUCGAUUUUCUCUUGGGGAUCCCUCCUCCUUUGAUAUCGCUCGAACUUUAUUCUCUCUCUCUUUUUCUUUUCUUUUUUGCUUCGUUCUUAGAGAGGGGAGAAAUCGAGAUAUUUUUCCUUUCUCCCGCGCUUAUUUUACGUUAUAUUUCUCGUAUUCUCGCGUUAGAAUUUAUAAGAGAGAGAGAGAGGCUCGCUGCUCCCUUUUUCGUUGGGAGGUCAAAAUUCGGUAUUUCGACGAAAGCACAAUCUUAUUUCUUUUUUUCCUCACUCGAAUUUUCUACGAAUUCUCUGUAUAUCGAUUGUUUGUGUCAGCGAGUCCCAAUUUUCUCUUUGAAUCGGGUUGGGAUCGUUAAAGAGAAUAUCGAUCGGCGGGCGAUCGGCGGCGAUAUCGAUCGCGGAGGACGAGAGUUUACGUAAGAGGUGGAGAGACGUACGGAGGAGAAGAGGGAAGAGCGAGAGAACAGAGAGCACGAGCGGCGUUUUCGAAAAAUGUUGUGUACAUAUGCAUAUGCAUGUAUAAAGACACGUGACGCGUGUAUACACGCGUGUUACACGGAUGCGUUUUUCCGCGACACAUAUUCAUACACACACACACACAUACACGCAUACACAGAGUUAAUCCAAUCGCGGUGAUAUAUAUGACUUUGCUUUCAAGGUUUCCACCCCUAUUUACGCUAUUUUUUUCCUUGGAGCAAUUUUUUUUAAUCGAAUUAAAUAUAAUACACAGACAGAUACAUGGACACGCAAACACAAACACACACACGUACGUAUUCCCCUCCGGUGGCGAUGCUUUUUUGUUUUUUCACGUGGAAAGCUUUCUUUCGUUGCUUAAUACCGUGUAGAAAGGAGAGAAAAAUGAAACGGUGGAAGAGGAAAAUUUAUAUUAUAUACGGGGAGAAGAAAGGAGAGCGAGGGGAAUUAAUAAUGAAAGGGAAAUAAAAUAAAGAAGAAUAAAAUGAAAUAGAAGAUCGAUGUUUACGGGAUUAAAAAAAAGAGAUAUUUUAAAAAAAAAAAGGGGAGAGAAAAAAUGAGAAUAAGUGGAGCAAACUGAAGGGCGGAAGUUGAAAUCGAAAUAGGAGGCGGCUCGUGGUGAGUUUGUUGAAUUUUUGGGAAUUCGAACGAUCGCGUCACGAAACAACGUAUUUGCUCGUUUUUCGACUGAGAAUACUUUCUUUUCUUUUUUUUUUUAUUGUUGACAAAAAGAGAGGAAGUAAGAAGUAAAAGAAAAAAAAACCACGAAAGAUCGUACGUGUUAAGAAAAUGAAGAAAAAAAAAAGAAGAAGAAAGCAAGAGCUGGAUGAAAGAUCGAACGAUCGAUGACGAACGGAAUUAGGAAUAUAUGCGAGAACGAACGAGAGGAAUACUAAUAGAAAUACAAUUCUGAGUGCCACCUAUACCGAAUAAAACUGCAAUGUCCUUUAUACAGACAACUAAAAAAAAAAAAAGAAAAAAAAAAGAAAAAAAAGAAAAAAAAGAAACAAAUUAAUAAAUAAAUAAAUAAAUAUAUAAAAAGGAAAUUGACGAGAGAAAAUAUGGGACAAGCGAGAAAAUGGGGAAAAAUUAUUAAUAUGAGAGAGAAUUUAGAUAAUUACUAAUAUUCUAUUAUUAUUAUGAUCAUUCUUACGAUUAUUAUUAUUAUUGUUAUUAUUAUUAUAUUAUAUUAUAUUAUUAUAUUAUUAUUGCCAUAAAGUAGGGAAGAAACGCAAGCGCGAUGGGGAGGAGGCAGAGAUAAGAUUAUAGAAAAUAUCGACGGUAUAAAUAUGGUUGAAAAAGAAAAGAGAAAGAAAGAAAGAAAAGAACAAGAGAAAAAAACAACAACAACAAUUGCCUGCGCAAUAACGGUAUAUAUAUGUGUAUAUACAUGUUAUACGUACAUUUGCUCGUGUACGUAUAUACACUGGUGCCGUGUGUAUGCGUAUACACGUUGUAAAAAAAAAAAGGGAAAAAAAAAAAUUUUUUACAAGAUAUAUCUCGAAUUAAUCGAUAACUAACUAAGCGUACGUUGGUUUCUCUUCCUCACUUUUCGUUCUCGACCUCCCAAAGAGUGUUUACUUUUUUUCACCCCGUUCGGCGAUUUAUCACGCAAUGAUAAGGGUGGAAAGCGAUGAUCGAUGAUUCUCGAUCGUUUCUUUCUUACACGUUCUCGCUUCUGAGAGUUAGUUGACAACGGAAGAGAAGAUUUCUUUUUCCCCCCCCUCCCACUUCAAGAUAUUAUUAUUAUUAUUAUUAUUUUGCCAGUGAGAGGAUAUCGAGGGUAUUCAACACGAUUAAAAAAAAAAAGAACAAAUUCUUGACAAUAAUUUGAAAAUUAAUAAUUCGAUUGCUCGGAGAGAUUACUCGAUAUCGAAAUAUUCGAUCGAUAUCGUCACAUAUCACUUUGAAGAAUGAAAAAAAUGUCGAAUCACUUUUUUGUCAUUGGAGAUCGAAACUUUCUUCGUUGUCGAUCCUCGAAACGGAGGAUUCGGAACGAGUUGUAAUAGAAAUGAACGAAAGUGUGUAAGUUUUGAAAAGAGAAAGGAAUAUAUCGUGUUCGCGAUAAGGGAAGGAGCGUGGAAAGGAAUGAGGAGAUGAUGAAAGGCGAAGGGACGAAAGAGGGAAAGAAAGAGGUACGUACGAUCGAGGAUCAUCGAUCACGGAUUCGUUCUUUGCUCAGUAUUUUAGGCUGUAAAUGAAUAAACCGAUACAUUCGAUGUAACGAUUAAAUGAAAUCGUAGAGUUACUUUGUAACGAGAGAGGAGCAGCGGCGCAGCGCUAAAGAGAAGCAGCUUUUUAAUUACGAAUAGCAAUUAUCUUUGAUUAUUACCAGUAGUACACGCAGCACACGUGGAUUUUCGCACUUAGGUAACACGGCGAAACGGCGAAUGCGGAUUUAUUGUUCUUUAUAGGAAAAAAAGGAAAAAAAAAAAAAAAAAAAAAAAAAAAAGGAAAAAAAAAUAAAAAAGAAUAAUGGAUGUUCAGAAGAUGGUCCAAAAAAAGAGGACAACAGUGAUCACAAAGAGAAAGAGAGAAAGAGAGAAGCAAAACGAUAACUUUUAUUCGUUUCUAAAUUAAUAUUCAUAUCAGUGAACAUUCGUUACGAAUCUUUUCUUUUUCUUUUUUUUCUUUUUUUCUUUUUUUUUUUUCUUUUUUUUUCUUUAAAACAAAAUCGAUGAAAAAAUUGUUUCCAACGUUUUCGCGACGAUUCAAAGAUUCUAAAAAUCGUUCUGCGAGGAGAGAAAAUGCGGAAAAGUUAAGUUUCAUUUCGAGUGAUUUCGAAAUCGAAGAAAAACGACGCUUAAUUUUAAAUCCAAGUGUGAUGAACGAUGAAUGCACAACGAUAAAUAGAAUUUUAUUUCUAAGGAAUCAGCUUGUCAACUUGUCUACGAAAGUGUCUACAUUACCUGUUCAUUUUCAAAUCGUUGAUCAAUGUAUCUGUCCAAGAAUGAAGAGAAAAAAACAGUAAAAUUCUCUUAUGUUUCUUAGAUCCGAUUUUUCUUUACCAAUCGUUAAAAAGUAUAUAGUAUAAAUUUCAAUACAAAUCGAGUCACUGCUGUUCUCGAAAUCUACGCGAAUCAAUCUACGUGAACGUGCGAGACGAGAGCCGAGUAUGCUUUUACUAUUUUUCUUUCUUUUUUUUUUUUUUUUUUUUUUUUUUCCCUCCCCCAUCGAGAAAUGAUAAAUUUUAUCCGCGUUGAGUUAAGAAGAAAGAAAGAAGAAAAAAAAAACGACAGAGAAAAGAAAAGAGCCGGAUACCAAAAGACGUCCAUUGCAUCAUUCCCUAUAAGGAGGAUAAUUUCGCGAUAAUUAUUGAUAUAAUUUCGAAAUCAGACUUCGUACACACCCUUUUGAACAUCGAAUUUUUGCGAAGAUUUUUUAGGAUAAACACGAGUGAAUAAUAAAUACCCAUCGACAAUUCGAAUACAAUUCUUCGACGAAUCGAAACCUUAAAAGCGUAAAUUGUAAAUUGUCUUUGAAAAUUUUUUUACUCGCGACGAUGCAUUAUACUCGUUUCCCCGAGUGAAAUAUAUCCGACGACGCGUAAACUUCGUUAAGUAUUUGAACGGGAUUUGAACUCUUUUCUACGUUGAAUACGAUAGAUGAAGAAUUUCGAAGGAAAAAAAAAAAGAAAAAAAAAAAGAAAAAAGACGACUGCAAAAAAAACGCGAUUCACAUCAGAGAUCCGCUCUUUUUUUCUGACCGCAAGAAUAUCAAAAUCGAGAGAAGCAAAAAAAAAAAAAAAAAAGAGAAAAUAUACUUCACCUUCCGACAGGAAGUUUUCAACGCAAGUUUUCGCUUUUAAAAGUGUUGAGCUCUGUUCGAACGUUCCUUAAACUUCUCGAUUUUUCAAAUUGAAAGAAAAGAAGUUUAAGAUUCCAAUGGAAUCUGACGAGCAAAAGAACAAGAGGGAAAACUUGCGUUACAAGCUUCGAAACGAACGAAUCAAAUCGAUAUGAAACUUCCCCAACGAUCAACGAGAAACCUUCCCAAACUUGAAUUCGAAGUGUCACUUCAAAUUUCCUUCAAAAUCUCCACCGACUCUAAAAUCCAUAAUCUCGAGUUUCAAAAAACAUCAAAAUUUCGAGAUCAAUCCUCUCUGAGCCAACUUCCUCCAGAGACAUACAAGAAUCUUACCACCUUCAUCACUUCUUCGUCGAUCUUUUUCUCCCCUCUAAGAACUUCUUUCUUUCUUUCUUUCUUCCCUGCGCCCCCCUUCCCCUCGCACGAACGUCCUUCUCGAGAUUAACGAUCUUCACUCUCGACUAUUAUAUUUCGUAUUCAAGGAUAAAUCGCUGGAUCGACACGCACGCAAUCACACACAAACACACAAACACACACACACGCGUAAAAAGAAAAAAGAAAAAAAAAAGAAAAAAAAGAAAGAAAAAGAAAAAAAAAGGAUCGACACAGGACGAGUCAUCGAUGUAAUUAUAAUUCGUAUUGCGAAUGCGUAUUGUAAAAGUGUAUUCGUUUUUCUUUUUCUUUUAAUCGAAGCUGCCUCUCGCUUUUGAAUUCUACCGCGGCCGACCGAGAGAGGGAGAGAGAUAGAAUAAAUGGGGCGAGAGGAAAAGAGGGAGGGGGGUAGGGAAGGGAUCGAGACGAAGGAUCUUUGUAGGAUUCGUGCAAGGAUCGACACGACGACAGGCUGUGCGACGGGAUUCCGUCAAAGGGUGUUCCUCGAUCGACGAUUUCGACGAAAAUUCCAAUUUUGCGAUUGGAAUUUUUUUUUUUUUCCUUUUUUCCUUUUUUCUGUCUCUCGAGGGUCACGUUCGAGGGUAGAUUACUCGAGGAUCGAUUCGCAGAGGGUUGAAGACACUUGUGUGAUUAAUUCUGACACUCCGUGGGAGGGUUUUGUAAACAUUGUUGAAAGUAUAUUUAUUGUUAGAUGAUAUCGCGAGUAUAUUCCUUGAUGUAAAUUCGUAAUUUUCAUUGUUUGUUUUAAUUAGGCGAGGGAGGGGUGGUGGGGAUUUGUAAUUUGCGAUUUAAUCCAAUCUCGAUGAUUGUAAUUGUCCGUGACAAUUCGACUCGGUUAACCCUCUCGUUCCCUUCGAUAAGUCUUCGCGUAAUUUAGAAAUUAUACGAAAUGUUUAUCCCGAAAAAUUAAUCAUUAAUUAAUAGAUAACGUAUUAAAUAGAUAAAUUUAUUAUUCCACUCGAUAAACUAAUUAUUACACAGUUUCUAAUCGCUUGUUUGCCGUGUAAAUUGCCGGGCAGAAAAAAAAAAGUUGCAUAGUAAAUGUCUAAAUGGCUGUUAAAUAAUUCAAACGAGGGGGAAUGACAGGGUUAAAAAAGGGGGAGAAAAAAAAAAAGAAUUGAUAACGUACGCGAGAUGAGAGAUCGGCAAUAAUUUAAUUAACCUAUCCGCGCCAGUUUUGCAAUAAUUUAGCGAUAAGUGUUAUUUCAAAUUGAGACGUGUAAUCGAGUAAUUUACUCGCAACGGAUUAAAAAAAUACAAAGGGGGAGAGGAAAUAAAUAAUGGAUGAGAAACUCGAGAGAAGACAAUUCGAGGAACACUCGUCGCGAGUAUGCGUUAUAUUUCGUUUGUAAAGAUGAUAAGAGAAUUAAAAACGCGGAAAUAAAAUUAAGAGGAAGGAUGGAUUUAGAAGAUAGAGAGAAAGAGAGAGAGAGAGUGAGAGAGUGAGACAUGAAAUUCUAUCCGCGGUAGAUGAAUUUACUCGCGUUUUUCCCAGAUUAUGCAAUUUAAGAUUGUUCUAUAUAUAUGUAUUUAUAUAUAUAUAUAUAUACGACAUAAUCUUGGAUCGUAUCGAUAACGGUGAGCGCACUGAUUUGUAACAAGAGGAUUAAGAAAAAAAAAAAAAAGGAGAAUUUGUUCGUGAGAGAGAGUGAGAAAGUUUCGAGUGAAUGAAGAUGAGCUGAAAAAGCGAGGGGUGAAAGGAGUACGUGAGGGCGUGAAAGUGAAUAAAAUAUAAAAAGAGAGAAAGAGAAGAGAGAGAGAGAGAGAGAGGGAAAGAGAGAGAAUGAAGUGUGAGAGAUGAUGUAGUGAGAAAGAACGCGUGAGAGAGAAGAUAAGAUUUUUGUACCACCCCCUAAAUCAAUUCCUGCUCUUCACCGAGCACCCUCCGAGAUUAAAAUAAAAUUACACGAG